AUGAAAAAAUUACAAAUACUUCGUGUAGAUAACGACCUGGUGCAAAGAGUGGAUUUACGAAUAGGUAAUAAUGUUAUUGGCCGAAAUGUAAAAAUUGGAAUUGCACCAUGUUAUAUGAAGUCUAUUGAAUCAUCGAGAUGGCAGCUUCUUAAAUUGGGUGUUACAGUUCCAAUAAAACCUGGAGAUGUUUGUACUCUGGUACCAGAUAAAUGUUGGUUUAAAAUUAUAUCAGUGCCUGAGAGAAUAGAAAAUAAUGAGGACUCUAUACUAAAACGAAAAGCUGAUGAAGAUAUAGAUUGUAAUACUACACAUGAUAAAAGAUUCUGUUCAGGAGAAGGAGAUAAUUCACAGUCUCUAUGCAAUGCAUUGGAUGAAGUAUUAAAUAAUAGCAAUGAUAUAAAUAAAAUUGAUGUUGAAAAAACUGUUAUAAAUGAAAAUAAUUUAUUAUAUAAUAAUGAUGAAAAUAAAAUGGAGGAUUUAAACUCUACAUUAAUAUGUGAAUAUCAUAACAUAGAUCAAUCAUCUGUAAUUAAAGAAGAUUAUAAAAUUCAAAAUAUGAAUAUAGAAGAAGACAAUAAACCUUCUACAAGUGAACAGACUUUAAGUCUUAAGGAGAAUUUAGAUUUAUCUUGCACAAAUGAAAUAGCAUUGGUAAAAGAUACACAAUCCUGUAUUUCAAAUGGACAGGAAUCAGGAACAUCUAACAAUGCAGCAAUAAAUGAUUUUAAAAGAAACAAAUGCAAAUAUGGAAAGAAAUGCUAUAGGAAAAAUUCACAGCAUAAAAAUAAAUUUAGUCAUCCUGGAGAUUCUGAUUAUGAUAUACCUGAUAAUAGACAAGAAUGUCCUUAUGGUACUAGAUGUUAUCGUAAAAAUCUUCAGCAUAAAAUAGAAUUUAAACAUAGUGAUACAAAUAUUACAAAUAAACGUAAAAAACAAAAUUCAAAACGAACUAAAGUACAAGAAUCUUUCGAUACUUUAAAUGGAAUGGAAGAUUCAUCUGUAGAGGAAUCUGCUGAAGAAUCUGUCGAUGAGUCUGAAUAUGAACCUUCUGAUAUUGAAAGUUCUGAUGAUAAUGAAAUGUAUUCUGACAAAAAUGAAAGUGAACUAGAAAAUGAUAUUGUUGACUAAGAGAUGAAAUAUUUUUUCAUUUUAAAAUAUUUGGAUAUUUUUGAAUUACUCAUAUAGAUUUAAUUGUAUGUGUUUAAUUUUAGAUUCAUGUUUGCCAUAAAUUUUUAUAUUUACAUAAAAACAUAUAUCAAUAUAAGAAAAGUGACAAUAUAAAAAUUAUAUAUCUUAUAAAUAUUUUUGCAAUAUUGAAGUUGAUAGGUAUAAAGAAAUUUUAUUUCUUACAAAUGUGAGAUGUAUAAAAACAAUAUUAAAUAAACAAUCUAAGAAUAAUCAUAAUAUGUGAUUAUAUUUUUUUAUGUGAUUAUUUUUAAGUAUACUACAGUGAACCCUUGAUUUUUGAUCUAGUUUAAUGUUUGAACAAACUAAAAUUCAAAUAAAAAAUUCGAGAAUUCAAUCUUGGAAUUUCAACCAAAACACAUAAGUAAAAUAGAGGCAGAGUUGAGUACUAAAAAAUAAAUGAAAAUUCCUUUGCUAUUUAAUUACCUAACUACUAAAGAUGCUAAUUGUGAUCAAACUAUUGCUAAAAUUGAUAUAAAAACUGUUUCUUUGUAAUUUAAAUUAGUUUAUUUAAUACUUAAAAUGUUUUGUAUAAAUAGGCAUUUAAAAUUUUUUAGACAUAGAAAAGCUAUUUCUUCUCUGAUUUCAGUGAUUUUUUAAUGUGUUGUAGAAAUCAAUCAUUUUAAACAAUUUUUUCCUGUAUAAUCGGCAAUUGGAUUUAAUUUUUGAGAUACUCACAAAAAAUUGCCAGUACUGCAUGUUCAUUGUUUCAUCUUUAUAUCAUACAAAUAACUUCAUGUUACAAAUAAUUUUUAAAUAAAUGACUUCUGACGUUUAUAACCUUCGUUCAUAACUGUAUAUACCAUUGUUUGUUUGCAACGUUUGUACCUUAUAGAACAGAAAAUAAGUAUUUUAUGCAAACUUUAUCAAGGUUUGGCCAUGCAGAAUUCAUUAUAGUGACACCAACAGUUAUUUUUAAAUAUCUUGGAAAUUAAAUCCAACUGUCGUACGUAUAAAUUUGUCCAUUAUAUCUACAAAAAGUUGUUUAAAAUGCUUGUAUUUUAUUCAAAAAUCAUCCAAAUGGAAUAAACAAUAAUUUUUCUACAACUUCAUUACUUUUUAUAUUGGAUUUUGGUGUUUUGGGACAGUAAUUCAAUUUAUGACAAGUUUAAUUUGAAACUUGAAUAUCAACUCAAAAUCAAUUAUGUUUAGAAUUCAAGGGUCCACAGUAUUAAGUUUCUUAAUAAGCUUGAUAUCCUUCAUCACUGUCUGCAUACUCUUCGGUAGCCACAUCUACAAGCAAAUGUUUUGGUAUUUCUGAACCUCUUACUUUAAUCGUAUAACAAACACUUUCUAUUUUAUGGAGACUUUGUUUAAGUGUGGAAAGUUUCCUGUGUAUUUCUCUAUUUGAUAUACUUGCACAACCAAGGAAACCUUUGUAUAUAUUUCUAACAAAGUUGCACGUUUGAUAACAACUAGCUCUGUCUCCUAAUGCCAAGUUAUUAAUACAUUGACGCAUUAAUUCUCCAGUCAGAUCUGCAAUCCCUAAGAUAUAUUCAAAUGGAGUGACUAAAAUCUGUAUAGUUUUAUCAUUUGAUAUCUCAGGAAAUGUAUAAGUAAGUGUUUUCUCCAGUUCUACCCAAUUUUCCAUGUUACCACAUUUUAAGUACUGAUAAAAUGUAACAGCUUCUAUGUAUUCUUCCAAUCCAUUACGAUAACCUUUGAGAUAGAGAUACGGAUCUUGAUUCUUUAAUUCAAAUGCAAUAGCUUUAAAUUGGUGUUGUGCAACUUUUUGCAAUCUCAAAUUAGCUUCACAUAACACACUUUCUUGUUUAUUUUUCUUAUCUAUGGUGUGUAAAAGAAAAAUUAUUCUUUUGCUUUCUAUAGUAAUGUCUCUGCCAAUUUUGACAAUUCUCUCGAAACGAUCGUGUUUCUCGUCUAACUCAUCCGCAUAUGCUCGAAAUUGUUGUACAAUUAAACUAUUUUCGUCCAUGCUUUCCACGUUCUCUUGUUUUCUAUCAUCGAUGUUAAUUUUCUUAUUGCUGCGAUGUCCACGAUUCUUUCCAUCACCUUUGGCUUGCGACAUAAUGAUUAUUGUUCCACUGAUAUGUUACGUUAAAUUGUAUGCAAAUAUAAUUCCUGUCAAUAACCAACCUCUACAUGUAAUACCAUAGACGAGAUGUAGAAAAUAUCUGGCAAUUUGAGCAAUCCUUAUAAUAGAAAAGACUUUUUAAAUGAAAUUGAAAUUAUUUUGAAAAGUAAAAUCAUUCAGAUAUGAAGCAUAUUUUAUUACGCACUAUAAAAUGAGAUAAAUUAAAUUCACUAAUUCGAUAAAAGUAAAAAUUACGACGUAAGAUUGAGAUAUGCUUGUUGUAAAGUGUUGUAAAGAAAUAAAAUUACUAUCAUUUUUUUAAAUUAAUUGUUUUAUUUAUUGUUUUAAAUUAAUUGUUUUAGAGAAAAAGGGUCUUUUAUUUCUUGUUUUAAGUUGUACAGUGUAUUUU